UCAACAGUUCUGAUACUCAGCGUUCGCGGAAUUCUAGUUAGAAAGUUCAUGUUAGCCGCACAUGAAUUAGGAAUGACAAGAGGGGACUGGGCUUUUCUCGACGUUGAGAUAUUUCAAGGCUCUUAUUGGGGCGAUCACGACUGGGAAAUGGGAGACGAAGACGACACCACUGCCAGAAAGGCUUAUGAGGCUUUGUUGAGGGUGUCUCUUCUUCAACCAACCAGUCCUCGAUUCCAAGAUUUUGCUGACAAUGUUAAACAGCGUGCGCAAUCCGACUAUAAUUAUACUUUUUCGGAAGGUGAAGAGGUAAAUUUCUUCGUUGGUGCAUUUUACGACGGCGUUUACUUAUUAGGAAUCGCAUUGAACGAGACCUUAGCCGAAGGUGGCGAUAUCAGGGACGGCAUAUCUAUAACAAGGAGAAUGUGGGAUCGAGAUUUCAAUGGCAUUACAGGCCACGUCAGGAUAGACGACAAUGGGGAUCGUGACGCGGAUUAUAGCAUUCUGGAUUUAGAUCCCAUUACCGGAAGAUUCGAAGUGGUCGCUCAUUAUUUAGGGUUAACUCGAGAAUAUAAUCCUAUGUCUGGUAAGAAAAUCCAUUGGCCGGGAGGAAAGGAAGGACCCCCGCUAGAUAUUCCAGAGUGCGGCUUUUUAGGGAACGAUCCCGCUUGCACAUCAAGGACGGAGGCUUAUACGUUUGUAGCUUACACGAGUGUGGCACUCGCUGUAUUCUUACUCGUUGCGAUUACAGCAGCGUGUCUUCUAUACAGGCAUUUGAGGUUAUCUGCCGAUCUCAAUAAUAUGUCUUGGCGUAUAAGACCUGAAGAAUUGCUUCUUGAAGUAGGCAAGCAGUUUUCAUCUAAGAUAAAUUUACAUCAAGCGAUAUCUGAUACAAAUAAUUUUGGAUUAGAACAAAGGAUUCGUCGUGGAUCGCAAAUCAGUUGCGAGUCUUUGCCGCCGGCAACGGUCUUUACUACUGUCGGAAUUUAUAAGGGUGAGAGAGUAGCUAUAAAAAAGGUCACGAAGAAGAAGGUAGUUGAUAUCACCAAGAAAUUGCUCUGGGAGAUUAAGCAAGUCAGAGAUGUCACGUCAGAGAACACUGUUAGGUUUAUUGGAGCUUAUCUCUGUUCGCCUUCACCGACUGUUUUGAUCCUCACGGAAUACUGUCCUCGCGGAUCAUUGAAAGAUGUUCUAGAAAAUGAGGCUAUUAAAUUGGACUGGAAUUUUCGAAUGUCCUUGAUCCACGAUAUCGUCAAGGGGAUGUCUUAUCUUCACACUAGUGAAGUUUCCGCCCACGGAAAAUUACGAUCAUGCAAUUGCUUAAUUGAUGGUCGCUUUGUUUUAAAAAUUUCGGACUUUGGUCUCAAAACUCUUACUACGCCCUCCGACUUGAUUAUGGACGAAAAUUAUUACACUAAAUUACUCUGGGUCGCUCCGGAGCUCCUGCCGUUAACGAUAACACCUGGGAGCAUAGCGACGCAAAAAGGUGACGUGUACAGCUUCGCGAUUAUUUUGGAAGAAAUAGUGGUUCGUGGUGGACCGUACGAAAUAGCCAGAACUUUCAUGACAGCGCAGGAAAUCGUGAGCAAAGUGUCAGCAUCAGAAAAUCCACCAUUAAGACCAGAAGUUGCUCCGAAGGAAUGUCCGCCGGACAUAUUAUCACUAAUGGAGAGAUGUUGGCACGAGUUUCCCGAAGAACGACCUAGCUUCCAUGCAAUUCGCGGCACAAUACGAGGAAUUAUGAAGUACGACUCAAUAACAUUGUUUUAA